ACCCGGGGCGCACGUGAGACAACGGUUGCUCCUAUUUCCCUCGUUUAUUUCCUAAUCCUCCAUUGAUCCCCUUCUUGCUCACAUCUCCAAAACCCUAACUUCAACAUGAGUUCUUAGUUCAUAAGCUUCCACUUUCAACAAUGGAGGUCGAAAAUUCAAUUCCUGACCACAAGCUCUGCGGUUUCUUCCGUACUGGCGUUAAAAUUUCGCCACAAUCGCACUCCUCCGAGCUCCGCCGCACUCCCCCUUUAAAUUCCAAGUGCCAUAUAGCCGGCGACGGUUCUAAUGCCCACUUCGUGUCUGAAAACGACGUUGUAUUGUCCCCAAUCGUUUCUCGGGAGCAAAACGGCACCGUUCCGACGAUGAAGAAGUGGAGAAGAAUUGGAAUGGUGCAUGGUAGUUUAAGCGUGGUGCACCAGUUACACAAGCUUGUAAUGCAAAAAUGCUUGAGAAUUGUUGCUAGAGUUGUUGAGGUUGUGGAUCGCGGCGGCGGUGAUGAUAAUGAUGAUGGUGAAGUUAGGGUUGUUGUUUUAGUGGACGUAUACUUGCCUAUAGCUUUGUGGUCCGGUUGGCAGUUCCCUAAAUCUGGUCCUGCUGUUGCCGCACUUUUCCGCCAUGUCAGUUGUGACUGGGAAGCUAGGAGUUCUAUGCUUCAGUCUGCUAAGCUUGGUGUUGAAAAGGAUUUAGGUAUUUGGAAUCUGUCUGACUGUCAUGUUAUUGGAUGCAAACAGCGCUGCAGUGCACCUGACCCUUCCAAGAAAAAGCUCUUUGAUCUCCAUGAAAUUUUUAAGAGCUUACCAAGUGUAGCAAAGAGGGGAAAUCCCGAUUCUUUAAGAGUGAAUCCCCUUGAUAGUAGUAGAUCGGGUAUUUGGGUGGUAACAGAUGAUAUUUUGAUCAAUAUUCUUUCUUCACUUUGUCCUGUUGAUCUGCUAAGGGUCUCUGCAACAUGUCGGCAUUUAAGAUUUCUUGCUGCAUCAAUCAUGCCAUGUAUGAAACUUAAAUUGUUUGCUCAUCAGCAGGCUGCAGUUGACUGGAUGUUACAGCGUGAGCACAAUGUUGAAUUAUUACUGCACCCACUGUACAUGGAUUUUGUCACUGAAGAUGGGUUUGCUUUUUAUAUAAAUGCUGUUUCUGGUCAAAUAGCCACAGGUCAGGCUCCUAAGAUCAAGGAUUUCCAUGGGGGAAUGUUCUGUGAUGAGCCUGGCCUCGGUAAAACUAUUACUGCUCUUUCUCUCAUUCUGAAGACUCAGGGAACACUGCCAGAGCCACCAGAUGGUGCACAAAUUAUCUGGUGUAUGCAUAAUACUGACCAGAGGUGUGGUUAUUAUGAGCUUAGUAGUGAAAAUACAAUCAGUUCAGGGUUUUUAUCAGCAAGUAGAGCUACUGGACUCAAUGGCCGUAGGGGACAAUUAUCUUUGGAUAAACUAACCCCAACAAAAAGCUUAGACUUCCCCGCAUCAAUUGGAUCCACGGUUGUUAAUUCAGCUGAUCGCAUAGCAGCUGCAGAAAUUAGUUCAUGUACAGUCAUGCGCUCCACUCCAACUAGGUAUGCUGUGAGGUGCACCAGUAACUUUAGCCAGACAAAAAGAAAUCUUAUGCAUGCAUAUGAAAAUGAAGGGACGUCUCUCUUUCCUGAGAGGAAUUCCAGCAAAGAAUCGAAAAAAAGGAAGCGUGCUUCCAACCGACAAAGAAGCUUGACAUAUGAGAAACCUGGUUAUUCAAAAAAAAAUUCUCGUGGUAGUAAGAGGUUUUGUGAGCCGUCUGCUGAGAACUGUGUGAUCAAUGAAACCUGGAUCCAAUGCGAUGCUUGUCAGAAAUGGCGGAGGCUUGCAGAAGCUGGUGUGGCAGAUGCUACUACUGCAUGGUUCUGCAGUAUGAAUACUGAUCCAUUAUAUCAGAGUUGUAGUGUUGCAGAAGACUCUUGGGAUCAUAAGCAGCAUAUCACUUGCCUUCCAGGAUUCCAUACCAAAGGAACACCUGGGGGGCUGGAAGAAAAUAUAUCAUUUUUUACCAGUGUGCUGAAGGAUAAUUGUUCAGUUAUGGAUUCAAAAGCAAAGAAGGCUCUAAUUUGGUUAGCUAAGCUGUCACCGCAGAAGCUGUUAGAAAUGGAAACAAUUGGGGUGGGGCAACCCAUCAUACAGACCUCAGUAGGAGUUCCUUAUGCCUAUCAUAAAAUAUUUCAAGCCUUUGGUCUUGUCAAGAGGGCUGAAAAGGGUACAACUAAGUGGUACUAUCCUAGAGGUCUUGUGAACCUGGUAUUUGAUUUAGAUGCCUUAAGAGUAGCUCUAUGUAAGCCUCUGGAUUCAUUUAGGAUGUAUUUGUCUCGAGCUACUUUAGUUGUUGUUCCUUCAAAUCUAGUUGAUCACUGGAGAGGUCAAAUUGAGAGGCAUGUAAGACAAGGGCAGUUGAGAGUUUUUGUCUGGACUGAUUAUAAAAGGCCUUCUGCACAUAAUCUUGCUUGGGAUUAUGAUAUAGUUAUAACUACAUUCAGUCGUCUAAGUGCUGAGUGGAGCCCCAAAAAGAGAAGUGUAUUGAUGCAAGUUCAUUGGCUGAGAAUUAUAUUAGAUGAAGGUCACACCCUUGGUUCAAGUCUAAGUUUGACCAACAAAUUGCAAAUGGCUGUUUCACUGCGGGCUUCAAAUCGCUGGUUGUUAACUGGAACACCAACUCCUAACACCCCUAGUAGCCAGCUUUCUCAUUUGCAACCCUUGCUUAAGUUCCUCCAUGAUGAAACUUAUGGACAGAAUCAGAAAGCCUGGGAAGCUGGUAUUCUUAGGCCGUUCGAAGCAGAGAUGGAAGAGGGCCGGUCACGUUUGCUACAAUUACUUCACAGGUGCAUGAUCAGUGCCAGGAAAAAAGAUUUGCAGAAUAUCCCCCCAUGCAUCAAGAAAAUGAUAUUCUUAAAUUUUACUGAAGAACAUGCGAGAAGUUACAAUGAGUUGGUAGAAACCGUGCGGAGGAAUAUACUAAUGGCAGACUGGAAUGAUCCUUCUCAUGUUGAGAGUUUGCUGAACCCUAAACAGUGGAAAUUCCGAAGUACUACCAUCAGAAAUGUAAGACUCUCGUGCUGUGUAGCAGGACAUAUCAGAGUGACAGAGGCAGGUGAUGAUAUUCAAGAAACUAUGGAUAUUUUAGUUGAGGAUGGUCUGGAUCCGACUUCACAGGAGUAUGCUCUGAUAAGAUAUCACCUUUUAUAUGGUGGGAAUUGCAUGAGGUGUAAAGCAUGGUGCCGUCUACCAGUGGUUACACCUUGUAAGCAUCUAUUAUGCCUUGAUUGUGUUUCUUUAAAUAGUGAGAAGUGUACAAUUCCUGGCUGUGGUAACUUGUACGAGAUGCAAAGUCCUGAAAUACUGACGCGUCCUGAAAAUCCUAAUCCAAAGUGGCCUGUUCCGAAGGAUCUGAUUGAGUUACAGCCAUCUUAUAAGCAGGAUGACUGGAAUCCUGAUUGGCAAUCAACAUCGAGCAGUAAAGUUGCUUACCUUGUUGAAAGGUUAAAAGAAAUACAGCAAGCUAAUAGGAUGAUUAUUAACUCCAACGAGGACGGAGUCGAGGCUGUUAGUGGAUCUCACGGGAAAAGCAAUUUCAGCAGGUUUUCAUCCCAAGGGUAUUUUGUUGGUUCAUCAAAUGAUUUCUGCAAUUUAAUUCCAGAGAAAGUUAUCAUAUUUUCUCAGUUUCUGGAGCACAUACAUGUAAUUGAACAGCAGUUAGCUGUUGCUGGUAUCCGUUUUGCCAGUUUGUAUAGUCCAAUGCCUUCCGUCAACAAGGUGAAAGCACUGGCGACAUUUCAGCAUGAUGUUGACUGCAUGGCUCUAUUAAUGGAUGGAAGUGCAGCUUUAGGUCUUGAUCUGAGCUUUGUAACACAUGUCUAUUUGAUGGAACCAAUAUGGGACAAAAGUAUGGAGGAACAGGUGAUCAGUCGUGCUCAUCGGAUGGGUGCUAUAUGCCCUAUUCACGUGGAAACUCUGGCGAUGAGUGGCACAAUUGAGGAGCAAAUGUUGAAGUUCUUACAGGAGGCUGAUGAAGGUAGGAGUUUGUUGAAGGAAGAAUGUGGUAAACUGGGUCAUGAUGGGGCACGAGCACCACGUACAUUACAUGAUUUUGCUGAAAGUAAUUAUCUCGCUCACCUUAACUUUGUUCGGACCAGUUCCAAGGCGUGAAGGUUCAUGUAGAACCUUGUGAACCUACGAGCUCCAAUUAGCAGCGUUGAAAACUUAAUUAUAGCCCCAAGGAUUAUACUUUAUUUUGGGCUAGUAGCCAUAAUUUCCAGGUAGUUGGUAGCUGAUUUGAUUUGUGGUAAUCGGUGGCUGAUUCCGUUGUUUUGAUGAACUGGCACUGGAGGAUCUUGGCUAUCAAAGACUGGCUAUAUAAUCUGCCGUACAGAGGUUGUGCCAAGACAAAUAACUCUCUUUAUGCUGUUGUCGCCCUUCCAGAUACUUUAUCGUUACUUUUAUUCCACUGGCGCCGGAGAAUUCAGGCAUUCUAUGUGGUAACCUGAAGUUCUUCAAAGGCAUCCCACUUAGAAUAGGUAGUUGAUAUUUGUACAUGUAUUCAUCUGUUCAGAGGAAUUCCACUAGUGUGGUAUAUGCUGAAUUUUUUUUCUAUUGAAUCUUUCAUUUUUGGAAAAAAAUUCAGUGCAUCCGUGAAAUUGAAAUUGAUCAUU